AUGCCCUACGGCCCCCCCGACGACCCAGUCCACCGCUCCAUCGCCGCCACAAAAGCCAACUAUGUCCGUCUCGGGCAAUCCGGCCUUCGCGUCUCCAACCCCAUCCUCGGCGCCAUGUCCUUCGGCAGCUCCGCCUGGGCGCCCUGGGUCAUCGAAGAAGAAGCCGCCUUGCCACUCCUCAAAGCCGCCUACGACCGCGGCCUGAACACCUGGGAUACCGCCAACGUCUACUCCAACGGCGAAAGCGAACGCAUCAUCGGCAAGGCGAUCAAAGAGUUCAACCUACCCAGGGAGAAAUUGGUCAUCUUGUCGAAGUGUUAUGGGUAUGUCGGUGAGGAACCUUCGACCAGAGGGAUCAUGUAUGGCCAGGAGAUUGCGAAGAGUAAAGAGUACGUCAACCGUGGCGGCCUCUCGCGGAAAGCCAUCUUCGACGCGGUGGACAAGUCGUUGAAAGCGUUGGAUUUGACGUACUUGGAUCUCCUGCAGAUCCACCGCUUCGAUCACUGGACGCCGAUUGAGGAGACGAUGGAGGCGCUGCAUGACCUGGUCAAGUCCGGGAAAGUGCUGUACAUCGGCGCGUCGAGUAUGUGGACGUAUCAAUUCGCGAUGAUGCAGCACUGUGCGGAGAAGCACGGGUGGACCAAAUUUGUCAGCAUGCAGAAUCAUUAUAAUCUGUUGUAUCGUGAGGAGGAGAGGGAGAUGAACAAGUUUUGUGAUGCGACCGGGGUGGGGUUGAUUCCGUGGGCGCCGCUGUGUCGAGGGCAUUUGGCGAGGCCGCCAACGGAUGAGCCGAGUACGGUGCGAUCGACUGCAGAUGUCAACUCGCCGAUGACGACGGGCAAGUCGGAGAAGGAUCGGGAGAUUGUCAAGAGGGUGCAUGAGUUGGCGGAGAAGAAGGGGUGGAAGAUGUCGCACGUCGCAUUGGCGUGGAUUAAUAAGAGGGUGACGAGUCCGAUUAUUGGGUUCAGUAGUGUGGAGAGGAUUGAUGAGGCGUUGGACGCGAGGGGGAAGGUGUUGACGGAGGAGGAGGAGAAGUAUUUGGAAGAGCCGUAUGUGACGAGGGAUAUCCAGGGGCAUUAUUGA